UUCUCAAAUUCAUGGAAGUUGAGUAGAAACAAACACAUCUUUUCACCCACCACCAACUCUCCUUGAUCAUCAUCAUCAUCGUAUUCUAUUUCUAGGGCUUGUAACUCCACUUCCCUCCCAUUCCUAAAUUCAUCCAAACAUGGAUCCACCAAAUCACCCUCCCGACACCGACAUGACCGACGCCACCACCGCUCCUCCACAACCACCACCGCCGCUCACCGGAGCCGACACCAUCCCUGCCACUCUCAGCCACGGCGGCCGUUUCAUCCAGUACAACAUCUUCGGCAACAUAUUUGAAGUAACCGUCAAGUAUAAGCCUCCGAUUAUGCCGAUCGGCAAAGGCGCAUACGGCAUCGUUUGUUCGGCGUUGAAUUUGGAGACGAAUGAGCAUGUUGCGGUUAAGAAGAUUGCGAACGCGUUUGAUAAUAAAAUUGAUGCGAAGAGGACACUACGGGAGAUUAAGUUAUUGCGGCAUAUGGAUCAUGAAAAUGUUGUAGCAAUCAGAGAUAUAAUUCCGCCCCCACAGAGGACGGCAUUUAAUGAUGUCUACAUUGCUUAUGAGCUUAUGGAUACUGAUCUCCAUCAAAUAAUUCGUUCGAGUCAACCAUUAUCUGAGGAACAUUGUCAGUAUUUUUUGUAUCAGAUUCUUCGAGGAUUAAAAUACAUACAUUCUGCAAAUGUGCUGCACAGGGAUCUGAAACCAAGCAAUCUUCUCCUGAACGCCAAUUGUGAUCUGAAGAUUUGUGAUUUUGGGUUAGCACGCGUCACGUCUGAAACCGAUUUCAUGACGGAAUAUGUUGUCACCAGAUGGUAUCGCGCACCAGAGCUGUUGUUAAACUCUUCUGAUUAUACUGCUGCUAUUGAUGUAUGGUCUGUCGGUUGCAUCUUUAUGGAAUUAAUGGACCGCAAACCCUUAUUUCCUGGUAGAGACCAUGUACACCAGCUACGAUUGCUUAUGGAGCUUAUUGGAACUCCAUCGGAAGCCGAAUUAGGGUUUCUGAAUGAAAAUGCGAAAAGAUAUAUUCGACAACUACCACAUUAUCCUCGCCAAUCAUUCAAUCAAAAGUUUCCGGAAGUUGAUCUUGCUGCCAUUGAUCUAAUUGAAAAGAUGUUGACGUUUGAUCCUAGACAGAGAAUUACAGUUGAAGAUGCACUGGCCCAUCCAUAUCUAACGUCACUGCACGACAUCAGUGAUGAGCCUGUGUGCAUGACCCCUUUUAACUUCGACUUUGAGCAUCAUGCCCCGACUGAAGAACAGAUGAAGGAGAUGAUAUAUCGAGAGGCCCUUGCUUUUAAUCCCGAGUACCAGCAUCUGUGAGGCGUGCUGUUUGUUGUGUGUUUUAUCAUGUGUUGUGGUAGUUUGUGUUUAGAUCUGUUUGUUGUAUAUAGCCUAAAUCCUGAAUUUAAAUUAUAGGGUUGGGGCCAUAAAUUGGUUACCUAUACCAUUUAGAUGUCCUAUUGUGUUGUUCUGAUAAGUCGUGUGCGCACGUCAUGUGGGAGACCUAGUUGAUAACUUGGUUGCUAGUUGCGUUUCUAGCUUGGUUAAAAACCAUGAAACCAGCCAAUUUGGUCA